AUGUCAGGGAUUUCCCCAGUAUGCUCCACUCCAAACUCUGCACGGCCACCUUCCGCUCGACCAAUGUCAUCUCGACCAACUUCUGCACGGCCAACAUCCGUAACGAAAAAUGCCGAUCGUGAAUUUCGGCGAAUGCAAUCGGCGCGAUCUCUCACAACCCCACGCCGGGGAGCCAUGGAUAUUGCCCAACAACAGGGAAAUGCAAUGAAGGUGUAUGUGCGUGUACGUCCCUUCAGUGAGCGGGAGUUAUCUUUAAAUAUGCCACAACACAGUACUGUACGUGUUGAUGCAGAAAAUCCCUGUUUUAUUACGUUACUGGAUCCAAAUAAAGAAUUUCGUCCUCGUGAGACUUUUAGUUUCACAAAAUGUUUUUGGUCCGUUUUAGAGCAAAGUAAAGGUUCUGAUAAAACGGCUGAAGAGAUACGUGGUACCAUUGAUGCUUUUAUUAAUACUAAUAUUCCAUCUGCACGCAAUAGGGUUUCUCGUACAGGAUCAUUUGUUGCAGUACCUGGCAGUAACAGCCUACACUCUGCACGUGGACGAAAUGCUAAUGAGAAUAGUUCAUCCUUUGAAGGUGCGGGAUCUAAUGCCGCUGUUGUUGCUGGUUCCACCGUCAUUCAUCCUCCCUACAGCUCUCAGAAAGAUAUUUAUAAUGAAGUGGGACGUCCAGUACUUGUGAAUACCUUGGAAGGUUAUAAUGGAUGUGUCUUUGCCUAUGGACAAACUGGAAGUGGAAAAACAUUUACAAUGUUAGGAUAUGCCCCAAAGAACUCUGAUUUACGAUCUGCCAGUAAACGACAUACAGCUAUAAUGGACGAUGAUGAUGAUGAUGAUGAUGAUUGUGAUGGUUCAAAACCAUCUAUUGUAUCUAUUUCACCCAGUCGAUACAGACGUGCAUCUAUUGUAAGUAAUCAAAGCAGUCGUCAAGAUUUAUUUGCACGUCAAGCAAGUUCAAGGGCUAAUGUGGAUCGUAAUGAUAUUGACGUUGUAGAUACCACAUCAUUGGAUCCAAAUGAUCUUCAAGGUAUUAUUCCACGUAUUAGCCAAGAGCUUUUUGAUGGUCUUCGUGAAAUGCGAGAUAAAGAUCCUUCCCAUUCCUACCGUGUGGAAGUGGAAUAUUAUGAAAUUUAUAAUGAAAAAGUCUUUGAUCUUAUUCGACCACAAAAGGAUGCGGAUCUUAAAAUUCGUCAUCAUCCUCUAAAUGGACCAUAUGUGGAGGAUCUAACGGCGAAGAUGGUGGCGAAUGAAGUACAAAUUGCCAAAGUUAUUCGAAAAGGUAGUAUUGAAAGACAUACGGCAGCUACUAAAAUUAACGACCGUAGUAGUCGUAGUCAUGCUAUUUUAACCUUCAAUAUUUUACAAUUGUAUCUUGAUGAAGCUGGUAAUACUUGCAAAAAGCAAAGUAAAUUAAAUCUUGUGGAUCUUGCAGGUUCAGAACGAACAGGUGCAGUUGGGGCAGAAGGUAAACAAUUUCUUGAAGGUACUAAAAUUAAUCUUUCUCUUACUACCUUGGGACGUGUGAUUGAUUGUUUGGCAGAUCUUUCACAAUCCAAGUCUCUCGCUGUUCCUGUACCAUACCGUGAUUCUAAUCUCACCUGGUUGUUAAUGGAUUCCUUAGGUGGAAAUAGUAAAACUUCUAUGGUGGCUACGAUAUCACCUCACUGUGUAAACUUUGAUGAAAUGCGUCAAACCCUUCGAUAUGCCUCACGUGCUAAACAAAUUGUAAAUAAAGCUGUUAUUAAUGAAGAUCCUCAAAUACGACAAAUUAAAAUGUUAACAGCUGAAGUAGAACGUUUGAAGAAAGUGGUUCAAAAUGCUGGACUUAAUGAAUUUAGCCGUGAUUAUGUUUUGGAAUUACAACGUCGAAAUGCCUAUUUGGAAAAACGUUGUCAAGAACAAGAAAUGCUCAUUGUAGAGCUUCGAGCUCAAUUGGAGGAAAAUGGUAUUGUUGUUCGUACAGAAGAUUUAAUGACGGCAUCUGCUAGACGUGCACGUGGGGCUCAGCCGGAUUCCAGUGUUGGUCGCCGACGUGGAGGAAAUGUGGAGGAAGACAACAGUUCUGUUCUCCGUGCCCGAUUGGAAGAGGCGAAAUCGGAAGUGGAGGCCUUACGACGUCAACUUAGUGAAGAAGAUCCAAACAGAAAUGGAGAGACUCCUGCACAAGAUAAACAAGUGGCAGAAUUAAAUACACGUAUACAAAGUCUUAAGAAAGAUUUGGAAAAAUUCCGUAAAAAUGAUUUGAAAAAGGAACGAUUUUUAGAGCGUUUCGUAUUUUUCUAUAUGGAUUGGGCAUCCGAUACUGUACAUAAUACUAUGUUACUUAAAGAGAAGGAGUUUACAAAGUGUUUAUCUCGUCUUGUGAUUGAUCAAAAUGAUAAUGUAAGUGAUUCACUUCGUCGUCUUCGUCAAUCUCAUCGUGAGGAAGUAGAUCAUAUGCAAAAAAGACAUGUUGCUGAAAUGGAAGACCUACAAAAAUUAUCUGAAAAUCGUUUGAAGGAGUCUAUUGAAAAGAGUAGCGAAUUAUAUCAACAACUUAUUGAUAAACAUGUUGAAAAAUUAGAUCAUAUGGAAGAACGUAUGAAAAAGAAUAAAGAAUUCCAUGAAGCUGAACGUAAGAGAAUGGAAAAUGAAAAGGAAAAUAUGCGUAACAGUUAUGAUGAUCAAGUUCAAAAGAUGCGUAAAGAAUUCCAAGAAGAAUUGAAAAGAUUACGAGAACAAGUAACCGCUGGUGCCUCUGAUCGUCAACGCUCUGGUGAGGCUGUUAAACGUGCACAAGAAGGAUAUGAAAAAGAAUUACUUCGACGUCAAGAAGAGAUGGAACGUUAUCGUCGUGAAAAGGAACAUGAGAUAUCACGAUUAAAACAACACAUUGAAAAUGAAAACUUACGACGUGAAAGUGAUAUGCUUGAAAAGGAUCGUCAACGCCGAUUAUUAGAACAGGAAGUAAGUGAAAUGCGGCGGGAGUUACUAAAGGCUCAAGCACAAGCGCAUCGAUUGGAAGAAGAACAUCAAGCGGAGAUUCUCCGUCUCACUCAACAACAAGAGCGAUUGGUGUCUAUUGGCAGUGGUUUACUCUCCGAUUGGGAUAAUCGUUCGGGUGGCAUGGAUGCCUCCUUCUCUAAACUGCGGGAUAUUCUGCAGAGCCAGGACUAUAUUAGUGUCCGCAAUCGCCUACGGGAUACUCAGUUUGAGCGUAAAGACUACUCAGCGGAGUUGGAGGCGGUGGAGGAGCGUAAACGGCGGGAUACACAACGUCUACGUGAGAUUGUGCAGCAGUUAAAACAGAACCAGGAAGAUAGUAAAGCGAGUCUGCAGCGAUUUGAAGAAGAUGUGAUGAAACACCUCGCCCGUGCGAAUAGAGUACGUCAGGGUAAAAGUAAUGGGACCACCACGGAUGGUUCCUCCUCUUCCACAGAUGGAUCCUUCGCCUUCGCCCCUAAAGAAGAGAAUGGACGGUCCAAUACAAAGAUAAGGAAUUCCCCACCAUCU